AUGGAUGAAUUAAUAGAAAUUUUAAUUGAGUUGGAAGGCGAACCGUUUUUGAACGUGUUUAUUGAAAGCGGUCUAACUACGGAAUCAUUGAAGCUCCUAAAGCCAAGCCAUUUGGAUACAUUGAUCGACACAUCGCAGUUUGGACCAAGGGUAAUUUUUGAGCAUAAUCUGCUCAAUUGGCAAGCGCAACAGGGAAUAAAAACACAAGCCAUUCACACUGAGGCAUGCGCUUUAUUGGCAAAUGAAUAUCGUGGCGAGGAAUCUUUUGAAGCAAUACUCAGUAAGUCGGCGGGUGGAUCACAAAUCCUGAAAUACUAUGCGCAAAAAAAGUGUCUCACUCCAAAGUAUAGGAAACUUCUAGCUGCAACAGUUGCAAAUUAUUUUAUUUCUGCUGAAGUACAUCCAAACCGUAAAACAUUUGAAGCUUUCGCCAAUAAAAUUGUGGAUUUAUUUACAAGUGAAUCUAAAGUCUGA